ACAUUCCCAUUUCUUUAUCAUCAAGCAAAAGCAUCAUGUAGUUGGUUGCGUCUUUAAUGUUUCUGAAUUUGUGAAGAUGGAGUCAAAAGAAGAAAGGAAUAACUACUACAUGCAGAAAAUACUUACAGAUGUCGUUGAAAAGAAACUUGCUGAUUUAUUUAUCCAAGAAUGGGACAAACAUUACAAAAAUUCUCUUGGACAAUGGGAAAAUACAAACGUUAGUGGUCAAAAGUUGUUCAAUAUUGAAAAAACAAAAAAGAAACCUCAUGACAAACAUAUUCUGCAAACUUUUCAAGAUGGUGACACCAGUAAGUGGGAUUGUACAACACUGUUCGCAGCAAUACUGUUUUCCAACUCAGUUGGAACAAAUCUUGACCCAAAAGUUAGAGAUGCAGUAAAUGAAAUUCGUAAUGUAAGAAACAAAUUGACCCAUGUAAAUAAAGGUAAAGUAUCUGAUACCGAAUUUCACAAAAUGGUUGGUGAUAUUGAAAAGUCACUUAAGUAUCUAGCAUUUUCAUUCACUGAAAUUAAUGAAAUUAAAUGUCAACGAAACAAAUUUAAUUCAUUUCAAGUAAUUCCUUGCAAACCAAAUCACGAUGUGGUUAAACGUACAGAGUUACUUAAUCAAAUCACAGCAGAUCUCAAUAACUUGCGCAGUACUAACAAUAAUGAACUGACAUAUUACUAUAUUUCUGGUAAUCCUGGCAGUGGUAAAUCUCAAUUAGCCAGACAAAUUUGCGACAAAAUGUUUAACUCUGUUGACUGGGAAAAUAAAACUACAUUUGUGAUGACACUCGAAGGAAAAGAUGCUGACUCUCUCUUAAAAACUUAUAAUGAACUUUGUCAACGUUUGAACAUCAAUGAACAUUUUAUUGAAAAUAUUAUAAAAAAGAUAGAAAGCAGCGAAGACAGAAUCAAACAAUUUCAUUUCCUGCUGACACAAAAACUGAAAUCUUGGAAAAUAUGGUGGAUUGUUGUAGAUAACGUGGUUGAACUUGAUAAAAUUUAUCCAUUAUUACCUCAAGUUGGUGAUCAUAAUUGGAAGAAUGGACAAAUUAUAGUAACUGUUCAAAACACAGAUGCUAUACCACCAGAUGGAAAUCUAAACAAACACAUUUCAAUUAGUCAUGGUAUGAAUGAUAAAGAAUGUCGUCAGCUUCUAUCUGUCUAUACCGAUAUUCAUAAUCAUGAUGAAGAGUUUUGA